UGGUGAUGUUGGAAGCUCGGAAUGGGCAGAGCCAAUAAGAUCUAGCCACAUCGACACCGUUUACGUCUAUGGGCUCUCUCGAGUUGGGGUGGGGGUUGUUUCAAUUUUUCUUGUGGGUUAACUUCUAAAGUCUCAAAGUUCCCGAUUUUCGUAGGAUACAAGUUCUACCAGUAACUACGAUUGCUCUCCGUUCAUUUUUUGGUUUAGAUCUUCCUUUAUCUGAGCAACAACGAAGAUCUAACUGCUCGUUGCAGUGCCGCAACUGCGAGUGGCUAUGGCUCCCCCACAACAGUCCCAGCGAUCUCCCUCGCCCUCGCAACCAUCUGGGAAAGGUGAGGUCUCUGAUCUAAAAUCACAGCUCCGUCAGCUUGCUGGGAGCCGAGCUCCAGGUGUUGAUGAUUCCAAGAGGGAGCUCUUUAAGAAGGUGAUUUCCUACAUGACAAUAGGUAUUGAUGUCUCGCCUCUCUUUGGUGAGAUGGUUAUGUGCUCAGCAGCAUCAGAUAUUGUUCUGAAGAAAAUGUGCUACCUAUAUGUUGGGAACUAUGCAAGGGUCAAUCCUGAUCUUGCACUUUUGACAAUCAACUUUCUACAAAGAGAUUGCAAAGAUGAAGAUCCGAUGAUACGAGGACUAGCUUUGAGGAGCUUGUGUUCCCUUAGAGUGGCAAACUUGGUGGAGUAUUUGGUUGGGCCAUUAGGAUCAGGGUUGAAGGACAGUAAUAGCUAUGUCAGGAUGGUGGCAGUUAUUGGGGUUUUGAAGCUGUAUCAUAUAUCAGCUUCCACCUGUGUUGAUGCGGAUUUUCCAUCAACAUUGAAGCAUUUGAUGCUUCAUGACCCAGAUGCUCAGGUGGUCGCAAAUUGCUUGUCUGCUUUACAAGAGAUUUGGACCUUAGAGGCAAGUACAUCCGAGGAAGCAGCCAGGGAGAGAGAAACUCUGCUUAGCAAGCCAGUUGUAUAUUACCUUCUGAACCGCAUUAAAGAAUUCAGUGAAUGGGCUCAGUGUCUUGUACUGGAGUUGGCAGCCAAGUAUGUUCCCUCAGAUAGCAAUGAAAUAUUUGAUAUCAUGAAUCUCCUUGAAGAUAGAUUGCAGCAUGCAAAUGGUGCUGUUGUCUUGGCAACUACUAAAGUAUUUCUGCAGUUGACUUUGUCUAUGGCUGACGUUCAUCAGCAGGUAUAUGAGCGUAUUAAAGCUCCUCUCUUAACUCUAGUGAGUUCAGGAAGUUCAGAACAAUCUUAUGCGGUUUUAAGCCACCUGCACCUCUUGGUGAUGCGUGCACCUUAUAUAUUUUCCACAGACUACAAACACUUCUAUUGUCAGUAUAAUGAGCCAUCUUAUGUCAAAAAAUUGAAACUUGAAAUGUUGACUGCAGUGGCAAAUGAAAGCAAUACCUAUGAGAUAGUGACGGAACUAUGUGAAUAUGCUGCAAAUGUUGAUAUUCCAAUUGCUAGGGAGUCAAUUCGAGCCGUUGGGAAGAUAGCAUUGCAGCAGUAUGAUGUCAAUGCUAUUGUUGAUCGACUUCUACAGUUUCUUGAAAUGGAAAAGGACUAUGUCACUGCUGAAGCUCUGGUGCUUGUGAAAGAUCUGCUAAGAAAAUAUCCACAAUGGAGUCAAGAUUGUAUCGCUGUUGUUGGGAAUAUCAGUAGCAAAAAUGUCCAAGAACCCAAGGCCAAGGCAGCUCUUAUAUGGAUGUUAGGGGAAUAUUCACAGGACAUGCAAGAUGCUCCUUAUGCCUUGGAGAGUUUAGUUGAAAAUUGGGACGAGGAGCAUUCCCCUGAGGUUCGCUUGCAUCUUCUUACUGCGGCUAUGAAGUGUUUCUUUAAGAGACCACCCGAGACUCAGAAAGCAUUGGGAGCUGCGUUGGCUGCUGGUCUCGCAGAUUUUCAUCAGGAUGUUCAUGAUAGAGCUCUAUUUUAUUAUAGGCUUCUGCAAUACAAUGUAUCGGUGGCAGAGCGAGUGGUGAACCCUCCAAAGCAAGCAGUUUCGGUCUUUGCUGACACUCAGAGCAGUGAAGUUAAAGAUCGCAUAUUUGAUGAGUUCAAUAGUCUGUCUGUCGUGUACCAAAAGCCUUCUUACAUGUUUACUGAUAAGGAACAUAGAGGGCCAUUUGAGUUUUCAGAUGAGCUUGGAAAUCUAUCUAUCAGUGCAGAAUCUGCCGAUACUGUUGUUCCAGCCCAGAGUGUGGAGGCAAAUGACAAGGAUUUGCUUCUGAGUACUGCAGAAAAGGAGGAUGGUAGAGAUCUUGGCGGCAAUGGGUCUGCCUAUAGUGCUCCAUCCUACAGCAGUUCAUCCAGCCCCGCUGCAACUACACAAUCACAUGGAGAGCUCGUGUUUACCAAUGCCAGCAUGUCGGGUCAGGCUCCAGCAUCUAGCUUGGCAAUUGAUGAUCUGCUUGGUUUAGAUUUUCCAGUUGGUGUGACUGCUGCCACACCUUCACCCCCUCCUUUGAGGCUGAACCCAAAAGCUGUAUUGGAUCCUGGCACAUUUCAGCAGAAAUGGCGCCAACUGCCUGUAUCUUUAUCUCAGGAAUAUGCAAUGAGUCCUCAAGGAGUUGCCUCUUUGACAGCUCCUAAUGCACUACUCAAGCACAUGAAAGAUAAUUCGAUACACUGCAUUGCAUCAGGGGGUCAGUCCCCUAACUUCAAGUACUUUUUCUUUGCUCAAAAAGCAGAAGAAAUAUCAACAUUUCUUGUAGAGUGUGUAAUCAACACAUCUUCAGCCAAGUCACAAAUUAAAAUUAAAGCUGAUGAUCAAAGUUCAUCUGAGGCUUUCUCGACAUUGUUCCAGUCAGCUUUGUCCAAAUUUGGCUUGCCUUGAUUACUAUGGUCGACGGAUUUCCAUUGCCUUGAGAUUUUGUGGUUGCCUUAUACCGUCCAAUAGCAAAUGUUCUCCUUUACGAGAAAGCCUGAGAGUGGUGUCAAGUCCGGAGAGGUUGAUGUGGGCUUUCCUUGUAUACCAUGAACUGUCAAUUUCAUUCGGCCUUGUAUUCAAAUGUGAAAUUGUACUCUGCUACAACGAAAUCCAUCUGUUUAUAGCAAAAUUCUGGGUGUCACUUCUUUUUGUAGUGUUUUUGGGAGUAAUGAAAAUCUCAAUUGCUGUUUUCUGUUA